AUGCUGGCGUGGCAGGAUGGCGGGGCCAAGCCGGCUCCCUCCCACCACAAGAUCUCCUUCUCGGUGCUGGACAUCCUGGACCCGCAGAAAUUCACCCGCGCGGCGCUCCCGGCCGUGCGUCUCGCCCCCCGGGAAGACAAGAAAAGUUUGGCGGAGGUCGAAGCGGGGAAGGACGCCAGCCCCGGGGACCCGGUGCGACAGCGGGAGACCCCUGAUGCUGCGGGCCGAGACGCCGGCCAGGUGUCCCCCCUGGAGGGCUCGGAGGCGGAAGACGAGGAGGAGGAGGACGCGGAGCACGCGGGGCGGCCCCGGGCUGCGCGCUUGCUGGCCGGCCCGGCGCGCUCCCCCGAGGCCCGCGCGGCGGCGGCGUUGGCGGCCGCGGAGCGCAGCGCGGGCGGCGGGGGCGGCCCGGCGGGCUCCCCCGGCUCCCCCGGCUCGCCCGACUCCCCGCGACCCCGGCGCCGGCGCGCGGAGCCCCACUGCGCCAAGCCGCGGCGCGCGCGCACCGCCUUCACCUACGAGCAGCUGGUGGCCUUGGAGAACAAGUUCCGGGCCACGCGCUACCUGUCGGUGUGCGAGCGCCUGAACCUCGCGCUGUCGCUCAGCCUCACCGAGACGCAGGUCAAAAUCUGGUUCCAGAACCGCAGGACCAAGUGGAAGAAGCAGAACCCGGGCGCCGACGGCGCGGCGCAGGCGGGAGGCGGCGCGCCUCAGGCCGGGACGCCCGGGGCGGCGGCGGGGGUCUGCGGCGGCGGUGGCGGUGGCGGCACGGUCGGCAGCCCCGGCCCGCCGGGCCCCGGCGCUCUGCCUUUCCAGACUUUCCCCUCCUACUCGGCGGCCAACGUCCUUUUCCCGGCCGCCGCCUCCUUCCCGCUGACGGCCACCGCCGCCCCCGGGAGCCCCUUCGCUCCCUUCCUCGGGUCCUCCUACUUGACCCCUUUCUACGCCCCGCACCUGUGA